UCGGGUCCCGACUACGAGGAGGAUGAGGAGUACGAGGAAGCGCUGCCCGUCCACCAGUACAUCGUGGAUGACUUGAUCCGAGUUGAACCUGUGGUUAAACCCAAGCCAACAAAGAGGGGGGGUGAGAAGAAUGCCGGCAAAUCAAGAAGGAAGAAAAACAAAGGGAAAAACAAAAAGAAAGGAACUCCCUGUGAAAUGGAAUACAAAAACUUUUGCAUCCAUGGUGAAUGCAUAUACCUAGAACAUCUCCAGAUGGUGACCUGCAAGUGUCAUCAGGAUUUUUUUGGUGAGCGCUGUGGUGAACAGUUCAUGAAGACUCAAAGGAAGAAUGAUGUGGCAGACUACUCGAAGACUGUGUUGGUAGUGGUAGCUGUCCUGCUCUCAAGCAUCAGCUUCAUUACUGUACUUAUCAUUGUGAUAGUGCAGGUCAGAAAAAAGUGUCCUCAGUAUGAAGAGAAAGAAGAAAGGAAAAAACUUCGACAAGAAAGCAGAAAUGGCCAUGUUGGUGUGUAAAUGAGGAGAAGGCAGAACAAUUCUGAUGUGGCCACUGCCAAGCUGCAGGGUACCUCUGGCUACCUGACACACCCACCUGGACACUGUGGGGCUGGAGCUGUUGCCACUAAGCCCUGAUUCAUCAAGACAGAGGCUGCUGCAAGGAGAUGCCAACAUGCCACUUGCUGCUGAAUCGCUUGCUGGGGAGGGCAGUUACCGCUACAUCUUGGCACAAGGAUGUGGAAGGAGCUGCCGCUAUGGGGUAGAGGACCUGCUGUCAAGACCUGCUAGAGACUACUGCUGCUGAGCCCACUCUGGCAGCGCUGGAGCCCCAGUCUCUG